AGAAUCUCAACAAAAUGUCUGGACGAGGAAAGACCGGAGGAAAAGCUCGUGCUAAGGCCAAGACCCGCUCUUCUCGGGCCGGGCUCCAGUUCCCAGUGGGCCGCGUCCACAGGCUGCUCCGCAAGGGGAACUAUGCUCACCGUGUGGGAGCCGGAGCUCCGGUGUACCUGGCCGCUGUGCUCGAGUAUCUGACCGCUGAGAUCCUGGAGUUGGCCGGGAACGCAGCCCGCGACAACAAGAAGAGCCGCAUCAUCCCCCGCCACCUGCAGCUCGCCGUCCGCAACGACGAGGAGCUCAACAAGCUGCUGGGGGGAGUCACCAUCGCUCAGGGCGGAGUGCUGCCCAACAUCCAGGCGGUGCUGCUGCCCAAGAAGACCGAGAAGGCCCCCAAGUCCAAGUAGAAGCUCCAGACCCGCAAAACACAAAGGCUCUUUUCAGAGCCACCCACCUACAAUGGAGAGUCAAAGUCCGGUUACAGCUGAGAAUCAGCUCAGGUUCUGACAUUAGCAUUAGUCCAUAGUAAAUGACCAUGAAUCUGAAUGAUCAAAAAACUUAGUAACAUUAUGAAUGUUAAAUUAAUAUCAUAUUGUUGGUACAAUCUGAAACUGAAAGUUUCAACUAAAUGCAUGUAAACAUUGUUUCUAUACAUUCUGUCUACUUCGAGUCUGUCGAUUAAAAUUAUAUCAGAAACUAA